GAUGAAUUACUCCCAUUUUAUGCGGUGUUUGUUUUGUUAUCUGAUACGAUUCAUUUUUUCAGGGAUCGGUUUUUGAAUUUUGGUUUGAUUCUGCAAUCUGCUUGUGGAUUCUUAUGACAAUCUCGGUAUCAUACGUGCCACCCAAAGGAAAUCCUUCGUUUUACAGUCUAGGUACCUAGCUGUUUAAUUACCGAAAUAUAAAUAUUCGUUCAAUGCUGCUACAUUGUAUCAAAUCGUUCCCUUCGGCUCUGCUGACUUCAAUAUGCAGCUCAGUAGUGAAGUUUUUGAAGAUGCCUCCGUUCGCUGAGAAAAGCUGGCCGGAAAUUCCCUAUCCGAGUAAAAGAGAUGAGGGAAUUCCCAAUGUUGAAUCUUGGCUGGAAGGUAGAAAAAUCGAUGAUGGAGCAGAAAAUUUGUGGAGAGUGCACGAUAAAUUAUACGAUCUGAAUUCGUUCGUCGAGCAGCAUCCCGGAGGAGCUAUGUGGCUCAGUUUGACCAAAGGAACUGAUAUAACUGAAGCGUUUGAAUGUCACCACUUGACGCCGGCUGCGGAAAAACUGCUACCGAAGUUCUAUGUCAAAGACGCGACCUCCCCCCGCAGCUCGCCUUUUACCUUCAAGCCGAACGGAUUCUUUAGGACGAUUAAACGCAAAGUUUUGAAGCAUUUUGAUUACAAGACGCCGCAAAUUUCUCGAAUUUCGACCACCUUCCUGGAUCUAUUCUUUUUUUCGGCUCUGACGUUUUCGGUUCUAGCCGCUAAACAUGAAAGUAUCGGAUUUGCAGCCUUGGCCGGAGUUAUGUUUGGUUUUGUGAUAAACUGCGGGCAUAAUUUCGUUCAUAUGAAGGACAUGUGGAGGAAUUAUUAUUAUUAUUUUACCGGAUUCAGCGUAAGAGAUUGGCGAAUUUCUCACUGCCUUAGUCAUCAUUUGUAUCCGAAUACGUUGCAAGAUUUAGAAAUAUCUUUAUUCGAGCCAACGUUGCAAUUUUUACCAAAUAAGAAUAAACCAACGUGGGCGAGAUUCGGACCUCUAUUGUAUUCGCCGAUUGUUUGGGCUUUGGCGCCUGCUUUUCAGAUUUUUAACAAAGUCCGUUUGGGAACGUUUUUCUUGCCAAAUUACUUGGUAUUCGUUCCUCCGGUAUUGAUGCUGAUCCUAGGAAAUUUCCAAUUCUAUACCAUUCUCUUAUGGAUAGAUAUCCUGCUAUUUAUCGGUCUAACGUUUACGUCUAUCGGUCUAACAGCUGCUCAUCACGAUUACGAAUCGUUCCACGAAGGCGAUAAACCACGAGAUGAUACCGACUGGGGAUUACAUCAAGUUGAUGCUAUUCACGAACGCAAAGAGUUGAUCGGUAAUACUUACGUAGGUUUGGUGGUAUUCGGCGAGCACACUUUACACCACCUGUUUCCUACCAUCGAUCACGUGCACUUGAAGGAACUUAUCCCGAUUUUCAAAGAGACGUUGGAAGAGUUUGGAGUACCUAUGAAUGAAAAGUCGUAUCCCGAAAUCAUCGCUAAUACUUUUGUACAAUUGGCCAGAAAUAGGCCAAAUAUGAUUGUUAGGAAACAGAAAAAAGCUUAAAAAUCAUUGUUCUAGUCUUCUUAUAAAAUCUAAACGAAAUUUUCGACUCUGUGAUAAUUUUAUAUUAUGUACAUACCUACUUAGACAGAAAAGUUAAUUGUUACGCUUCGUUUAGAUUUGAUAUACCUACUUAUGUGUCUUCGAUAUACUUUCUUAAUGUUUCAAAUACAUACUUAAUUCGUUUGAUA